GAGGAAAAAGAAACACUAUAUCCCGAACCAAAAGAAGGAAAAGGUCCCUAAUUUUUCGUGAAGAACUGCCAUGAUUGAUCACUCCCUUUAACCCCCUCAAAAUUCCUCAAAACCCUAUUUCCCCAAUUUUCACAAUUCAGCAGAGAAAACAACUAAAUCCUCUACUCUCCCAAAAUUAAACCCUAAUUUUAAUGGAAAAUAACCUCAUAAAUCUUCCUCUAAAGCCUAAAAAGCCCUAAUAAUUCAUUCAAUUUCCCAUAUGGAGGCACGAAGAGGAGCAUCACAAAGAAUGGUGAUCGAUCCUAAAGUACGCCAAGUAGGUUUUUUCACACCAGGUGCACCACCAGAUCGUUCACAAUCAUUUCCAGUUGAAUCAACAUCACCACCAGGAGUAUCAAGCUUAUCCCCUUCUGGAAACUCUCUAUCACCAGUGAUGAUUCCUCCUGCUCGUCAUGCUUCUGAUAAUAUUACUUCUUCAUUAGGGUUUCAAACUUCCCGUCCAGUUCCUGUUCCAGUUCCCAUUUCUGUUCCAGUUCCGUUAUCUCCUCUCCGAAGACCUCAUGGUGGAGAUGGUAAUAUUAUAAUAUCUGGUAGUUAUAAUCCAUCUGAAUCUUUAAUGUCAUCACCAACUCAAUUGGGUUCCAGUAGCAGAAUGGAUGAUGGAGAUUUUUCUGAGGAAUCAUCACCAGGUUGGGCUCGUAAAGGCGGAGGAGGUGGAGGAAAAGUUGCUUCUUCUUUUAGUGGUGGAUUUGAUAUGACUACUACUACUGCUGUUAGAUCUAGUACUUUGCCUGCAACUACUAAUUUGACUACUAUUUCUGUUGUCAAGACUCCUGAAAUCGGGGAGGGAGGAUUGGUUGAAAAGCUAAAUGAUAGACCACCAGUUUCAAAGCCACUAAAAGAGAAAACCUCAAAAGCCGAAAGGCGUGCCCUUCAGGAGGCCCAACGAGCUGCAAAAGCUGCUAACAAAGCCGAAGGAAGCAAGGGUGCGGCAGGAGGUCCAGCUCCAGGAAGUUCAAAGCCAGCUAAAGCAGUGAAGCAACCUCAGCAAAAGAAGGAGGCUUCUCAAGUUGCAACUUCUGAGAAGAAAGUAAGUGACCGCCCUACAGAAAAGGAUAGGAAGAAAGACGUGCCUCAUCCACGCAUGCAGUUUGACGAUAUAAAAAGUGUCGAAAAAGCUAAAAGGCGCGCUGUUGUCAAGCAAACUGAAGCUAGAAACAGGGUUGAGUUGUUUAGACACUUGCCUCAGUAUGAACAUGGAACACAGCUUCCUGAUCUCGAGUCUAAAUUUUUCUCACUUGAUCCAAUGCAUCCUUCCGUAUAUAAGGUUGGGCUACAGUAUUUAACAGGAGAUAUAUCUGGUGGUAAUGCCCGUUGUAUUGCAAUGCUUCAAGCGUUUAAAGAUGCCAUUACUGAUUACACUACUCCUUCCGAAAAAGCUCUAGUUAGAGAUUUAACUGCAAAAAUUGGAAGCUAUGUUUCUUUUCUGAUAGAGUGUAGGCCCCUUUCGAUCAGCAUGGGCAAUGCAAUUAAGUUUUUGAAGAAUCGUGUCGCAAAAUUACCUUUGACUGUUUCAGAGUCUGAAGCAAAAAUAGCUCUUCAGGCAGACAUUGAUAGAUUUAUACUGGAUAAGAUAAUACUUGCAGAUAAAGCAAUAAUCGAUCAUGCUGUGUCAAAGAUCACAGAUGGGGAUGUGCUAUUGACGUAUGGAUCACCCACUGUUGUUGAAAUGAUACUGUUGAAGGCUCACGAACUGGGGAAACAGUUUCGUGUAGUAGUGGUGGACUCACGUCCAAAACUUGAAGGACUAGCGUUACUGCGAAGGCUGGUGGUGAAGGGGCUCAACUGCACAUACACCCAUAUAAAUGCUAUUUCAUACAUCAUGCAUGAAGUCACAAGGGUUUUCCUUGGGGCUUCUUCGGUGUUAUCCAACGGAACUGUAUACUCGAGGGUUGGAACUGCUUGUGUUGCUAUGGUUGCUCAUGCAUUUCGUGUUCCUGUCCUGGUAUGCUGUGAAGCAUAUAAGUUUCAUGAGAGGGUACAGCUUGAUUCAAUUUGCUCUAACGAACUAGGUGAUCCAGAUUCUGUUGCCAAGGUUGUUGGAAGGAAGGACGUAAAUUAUUUGGAUAACUGGGCAAAUAAUGAAAAUUUGCAACUUUUGAACCUCCUGUAUGAUGCAACACCUUCAGAUUAUGUGUCAUUGAUUGUGACAGAUUAUGGCUUGGUUCCACCAACCAGUGUACCUGUCAUUGUGCGAGAGUACCGUAGGGAACACUUGUGGGUAUAAAUGAGAGCGUGUGAUUCCAUUCAUCAGUGGAAAGGAAAGUCCUAUUUUUGAUACUGGCAUUCAUAUUUCAAGCCAUUUAUCAAUGUUUGCUUGGGAUAUGAAAAAGGAUUGGAUAAUCUAUACACAAGAGACCAUAACUUUUUUUGUUUUAUUCCGUUUUGAGCUGGUUUGGAAUAAUGAUGCUCAUUUGAUCAAAUUAGUUGUUAAAUUUUGACCCUUCUCUUUUUGUUUCCUUGAA